UGGGCUGGGGCCUGGGGGGGAGCGCUUAACCAACAUCGGGCCUGGUCCACACGACGACUUAUGCUUAAUGACAUUCCGGGAAGACGUGAAGUUAAAUAGACUUCGUUCCCCCGUACCAGAUUUAUACCGUUUUUACUUCACGACAGUCAUUCCACAAUGAAGUCCUCCAUGAUCCUUCUCAUUGCUACCGGCCUGGUGUCGGGUCUGAGCAUCCCCAAGCAGCUGGACACCCGCCAGGCCAUCGCCCAGGCCGCAGCAGCACCCGCCGCCGCGCCCGCCGCCGCUGCUCCUGCUCCGGCACCUGCUGCUGAGGCUCCCGCCGCUGCACCGCCUGCCGCUGCUCCCGCUGACGCCGCCGCCGAGGAGGCGAAGAAGAAGGCCGAAGAGGAGGCCGCUAAGAAGGCGGCUGAAGACGCUGCCAAGGCUGGCGAGGGCGCCGCCGCUGCUCCCCCGGCUGAGGCUGCUCCCCCUGCCGCCGCCCCUCCCGCCGAGGGUGCCGACGCUGCCGCCGAGGCCGCCAAGAAGGCACAGGAGGAAGCCGCCAAGAAGGCUGCCGAGGACGCUGCGAAGAAGGCGCAGGAGGAUGCUGCCAAGCAGGCCGAGGACAAGCAGAAGGAAGCGGCCAAGGAGGCUGCUAAGCAGGCCGAGAAGGCGAUGGGAGACUACCAGAAGGGCAACAACAACGACAAUAAGGGCGACAACAACAAGGGUAACAACAACAACAAUAACAAGGGCAACAACAACAACAAGAACAACAACAACAACAACAACAACCAGAACGCCCUGCUGCUCCAGAACAUCCAGCUUCUCCUCGCCGCCAUGAACCUCCAGAACGUCGUCAACGUCCAGGCCCUCGCUCAGCUCCAGGCGCAGCAGCAGCUUGUCAUGCUCGCUCAGCUCCAGCAGCUCGCCCAGCUCAACGCUGUCGGCCUCGUCAAUCAGGUACAGGUCGUUGCUCUCAUGCAGCAAGGUCUCGUCCUCGGCGGCGUCCAGCUCGGUGGCGUCCAGGUUGUCAAGAUCCAGUGAACAACCAUUUGUAUCAGGAAUCCAGGGAGGGGGUGUGUGGUAUGAUUCUACAGGGAUGUAACUGCAAUGUCGUAAUUGAGAGAAAAUUUUCACCGGAAAAGGAAGAGCAAUCAUUCAGUGUUUAGCACCGGGGGCGACCACUGUGUCUGUGUUUGUUUAGAUGUCUCAUGCGUGCGGAGGUGCAAGGGAACCCGCCGCCGCGUGACCGGUUGGGCAUGACGUCCCUAGUGGACGGACUCGUCUGGAAGUUGAGAUGACACUGGUAGUACUAUCUGAUCUCCUCGUUACCGAGGCAGGAAAGGGGGUGGGAAUGGGUGGUUCGCAUGACAUGGGAAUGGGUUACGGUGCAUUAUUCAACGGCUCUGCAUAUCAGACUAGGAUUUGGCAAGUG